AUGGAGAAGAGAACCGGUUCCCCGUCUUCAGAAGAAAGUGACGCGAAGAGGGCGAGAAUGUCAGAAAAUGCGACACCUGUAGACCCUGAAACUGCGCCCGGAAAACGCAGUGAGUUGGAGCCAAUUUCUGCUGGGGAGAUUGGCAAUCUGCCACCAGAAGGAGAACCCGAGCCUCGACCGGAAUCAGGCGACGGCGCGGACGACGACGGUGAUUCUGGAGACGACAACGACGACGAAGAUCCGGCACAGCUGGAAGCUACUCGGCAGCGUCUAGAGGAACAGGCCAGAAAGUAUCUCGCUGCGCAGACUCACGAAGUCAUUAUUCCUUCCUUCUCUGCCUGGUUCGACAUGUCUAAAAUCCAUCCGGUCGAAAGGCGCGCUCUGCCCGAGUUCUUCAACUCAAGAAACAGAUCCAAAACGCCAGCGAUAUACAAGGAUUACCGCGACUUCAUGAUUAACACAUAUCGUCUAAGGCCCACAGAAUACCUAACUCUUACUGCAUGUCGCCGGAACCUUGCAGGAGACGUUUGUGCCAUCAUGCGUGUGCACGCGUUUUUAGAGCAGUGGGGGCUUAUUAACUAUCAAGUUGACCCAGAAACUCGCCCCGCGACUCUAGCACCUCCAUUCACAGGUCACUUCCGUGUUAUCCUUGACACACCUCGUGGGCUUCAGUCAUUGCAUCCUGGGACUCGUCCGUCCAACCCUGGCGCUGCUGCCGUUAAUGGCGUCAAUUCCGCUUCCCAACACACCGAUUCAUCUACCUCCGCAUCCUUGAAACUUCGCAAUUCUAUAUAUCAGACCACCAACAAAUCUUCACGGCCGGUUUCUGCAUCCGAAGCCACUACUCUUGCCAAUGGCAUCAAUGGCACUAACGGCUCACGAACACAGGGUCUCUAUACCUGUGAUACUUGUGGAUCCGACUGCUCUGCAGUCAGAUAUCACCACUUAAAGGAGAAGAACUUCGAAAUAUGUGCACCGUGCUACUUGGAGGGUCGCUUUCCGUCCAACAUGUUCAGUGGUGAUUUUGUCAAGCUCUCCCGUGCUGUGGUACAUGGGAGUACGGAUGAUGACUGGACAGAUCAAGAAGUGUUACUCUUACUUGAAGGUGUAGAAAUGUACGACGAUGAUUGGAGCAAGGUGCAGGAACACGUUGGCACACGUACCGCACAGCAGUGUAUACAGAAAUUUAUCGCACUUCCUAUUGAAGAUCCAUACUUGGAUUCCGAAGCGUCUAUGGGUCCCCUCAGGUUUGGGCGCGUACCUUUCGAGCAAGCAGAUAAUCCUGUUAUGAGUGUUGUCGCAUUCUUAGCAGGUGUUGUCGCACCAAGCGUUGGGGCCGAGGCUGCGAAGACCGCACUACACGAACUCAUAAAAACCGACAAAGAUGACCAAAAACCCGUCGCAGACGUAACUGAAGGGGUGGAAACGACAGACACCAAGACGACUGCUGCGGAGGGGCCAGAUUCUGAGAAACAGGACGACAAAAUGGUCGAAGAUAGCAAUGAGGAUACAGAGACAAAUCGUCCUCCAACAGAUCGUAUGUCUGUUGAUCCAUCCUCUACCUCCGCAAACCUUCCCUCCCCUUCCUCGUCAAAGCACAGUGUUCCUCACUCCAAGGUCGUCCGCGCUGCCCAUCUAGCACUGAACUCUUCUGCGAAAGCUGCUGCGUCGCUUGCCUCCGCUGAAGACCAGCAAAUAAAAUCCUCCCUUUCCAAGCUCGUCAAUCUCACACUGACGAAACUGGAACUGAAGAUGACGCAGUUCGAAGAGCUCGAAGAGAUUUUGGAAGAUGAGAGGAAAGGUCUGGAAAGUGCUAGGCUUGCUUUGGUACAAGAAAGACUUGGGAUCAAGAGGUCUUUGGAAUACGUUAGAGGAGAGAUUGCCAAGUUCCAAGGGAUGGGUGUUGCUGCUCCUCAAACUCUUAUCAACGCAGCCAAUGGUGCUUCGCUGGGCACUACGGGUCAGGGAACUCAACCUACACCUGUAGAUCCUACCCCGCAGCUCGGUGAGGCAAUAGGGCCGAUAGGCGAUGGAAGCUUGUUGCAACUUACUUGA